GCAAGGCUCGGUAUCUCAGUUUAGUGGAGAAUAGUUCAGUUCAGUCAGUUUACUGUUUAGUUAGUUGAGUUUAUAUCGGUCCAGAGUCAACACACGUACAUACCUUUCUUCUUAUACAAACACUCGGCAUUAUGGCACUUCUUGUGGCAGAUGUACGGACUGAAAGUUUUGAUAAACCUCCACCCCCUAAGAAGAAGUGGAUCCAGGACUACCUGGAGAAGGAUUGUAAACGUGAAGCGGAGCAACCUUUGUCUUGUCAGAAUGUUGUUCAGAAUGUUAUAGAUCAGUUCCAGGACUACAUGGACGAAUCCAAGCGGAGCUGGGCGAACUCAGUGCAGGUGGUAAUAGGUAGGACGGAGCUGGAACAGAGCAACCACUUUAGCAAACUGUUGGACCCUGCCAAAUACGGAGAUAAGUUCAAUCGAAGUCUAGAGAAACUUCAACAAACUUCGUUAGACCGGAGUCCUAUCCGUAACCUUUCUAGGCAGGAGAUAGGAGGAGUAGUUAAAGGAGUUAUUAGUCAGUUCCUGAACGGAAACCUUCCUGAUUCCGGGUUCCGGAGAUCUAGAAAGAGAUGUAGCCGUCAUAUCAGUGCUAAGGGGAGGGAGGAAGAGACUAAGGUCAGUUUAGAGGAUGAGAUACUGGCCAAGAUGCCUAGACUGCUGCCAAUACAUCCUAUUAUACCGGAACCAUUUCAAGAUGAAUCUGGAGUCCUAAACUUAAGUCUCCCGAAGACGAGCUCCAAGGUCACCUUCGCCACUGAGGAUAAUUGCUACAGCGAGGAUUCUAUGAGAUCUUCUAAAACUAGUAAAUCUCAAGAGAUGCAGGAUCGAGAGAUUCUCAUACAUGCAAGGAACAUUGCUAAACCAAUCUCCGUAAUACAGACUAGUCUACCGCCAACACAGAUCUUUCCUCAAGUCCUCAUCAAGCUCGGAGACAGAUCAAACCCAGUAGCUGAACCUUCUCCUGUAAUAAUUCCGAGAUUUCCCCCGACCAACUCUCAGUUUGGAAGUAUUGGUCCUGGAUCUGUGAUCAACUAUACGAAAGGAAGUACUGAGAACGAAGUUAGUUUCAAGCCUAAACCCUACACCGUGAUCCAGCCUGUACCCCUUGAGAGAUUGUUGCCCCCGAAAGCUCAGGACAAAACGAUAAAUUCCAGAACUUUGACAAAAAAAAAUCUUUUAGUCCAACCAGUCCCGUCUUUGCUCCAUCAACCCGUAGCUAUAAAGACUGCCGCCCCUACUCAGAAGAGUAUCCAAGAUAUGAAACCUGCUUCAAGACCUAAACCUACAGGGAGAAACAAGAGCAAACCUGAACAGAAGAAAUCCUCGAACAGAGAGAUGCACAACCGACUGGAGAAGAACAGACGAGCCCUACUAAAGAAAUGUUUUGAUGAGCUUGCAGUUGAGUGUGAGCUGGAUCCCAAAAAAUCCUCCAACUUGACUGUAAUCCGCGCAGCGUACAAAUACGUGCUGGGACUAACCAGGAAGGAGAGAGAGAAUGAGAAGGAGCUGGCCAACCUGGUCAAGGACAAGAUCUUGAAGCAGCAGAAGUUGGAGGAACUGAAACGGAAUUACCCCGGGAUUCUUCCUGAUGAUAACUAGUAAAGCUAAGUAUAUCAAGUAUACAUACUUUCUACAGUUAUGCAUUCUCAUUGUACGUGAAGAUUUGUUGUUUUCGUGUUUUUUUUUAUAGCUAAACCUACCCCUACGUCUUUUCGUAAUAAUAUUCAUGAAUGUACAGUACUCUGUGUACUAUGUACAUAUUUCAAAGGCUAAAUGUUAAUUUUGUGAUAAUAUGUUAACAAAUUCGGCUGUUAAAAUGUAUUAAUGUAUAAAUUUAUAUUAGCUUAAUAUUUAUAGAUAAAAUAAAUAAAUUUUUAAUUUAUG